AUGCCGCCUGUCGCGAGAGCGCAACGUCCCCGCAACCUCCCAGGAUAUCCGACGCCCAAUGAAGUUUCUGCUGUGAGCCUUUCAGUACACACGAUCCUCGAACGACUGGGCUCACUGAUGAUGAAUGCUGGACAUAGGCUCUGGAUAGUGUCCCGACACGAGGUGAAUCCGUGGAUCAUUGAGUGGUUGCACGACACUGACAGUGUCAACAGGCAGUUAACGCACAACGACGAGCAAUCAGACAGCCGAGUUGCUAGACUGCAGCGCCCGAAACUCAAAAGUCUGCUGGCCAGCAAGAUCUGGUCCGCAAGCUCUGAACCAAAGCACACCCUAGCCAUGGCACCAGCAUCUGGCAUCAGCCUUUUUGCAGCUGAACGUGUGGCGGCUACGGGUGCGAAGCACUUCGUUGCUCAGUUCAGCAGGCGACCGAUCAGCACCGUCUGCAGAAGAGCGCAGCCCAUCUGCACAAAGGCAAGACUUCCACCUCAGCGAAUUGGCUUCAGAAAGCUUACCCAGAUUCAACUGCAACGAAUCAGCCCCGGCACGCUCAUCCAGCCUCGACUUCUCCAACAGCUACAACAAAUUCGGCCAAGCCGAGACAGAUAUUGCUUUCUCCUCCUGAGAGACAGGUUCUACAGCCUCGGUCUGGCACCACCCGAACCGCUUCUCAUCGCCAUGAGCGAUCUGGGAAUCAGCACAUCCAACUAUGGGCAAGGGACUUAG